CUCUUUAACCCUCUCAAAUCAUUUAACCCCAAACAAAGUGGAAUAAUCUGAAAUAUGACCGUAGUUUACUAUAUAACUUCCAAAAUAACUCAUAAAUUGUGAACAGAAAAAGUUGGGUAUGCCUGCGCUUAGUCGUAGCUGGAGUUUAAAGACAAUUCAUUUAAACAAAAUAAGUGCAUGUACAUAAACAAAAUGAUAAACAUUCAGGUUAUAUUGGUCGGGGUAACAAUGGCUCACCAGCAGGUAUAUAAUGAUAAGCUACUACGGAUGAGGCAUGCAGUCUAUCUCAAUUGUUCGUUUGAAUAUGUGGACUUACUUUAUCAUCCUUUUCACAGUCUCGUUCUGUGCCUUGUCACAUGGCAACCGCAUCAGACGAGAGGAACCCGACCUGAACCCUGGGAAUUGGGACAGCUGUAAACCAAAUGCACAAGCCCCACCUACCCGCGUCCCCACGAAAGACAGAGUGGAUGCAUUACGAACACGUUUUGCCACCGAAGGUAUUCAAGCGUACCUGAUACCAAAUGAAGAUGCCCACCAGAGUGAAUAUCCGUCCGCAUAUGACAAGAGAAGAGGAUGGAUUUCUGGGUUUCAGGGAUCGGCAGGUUUUGCGGUGGUGACGGAUACUAAGCAGGCGUUGUGGACGGAUGGCCGGUACUUCCUGGAAGCUGAAGACACGCUGGACUGCCACUGGAUCCUUAUGAGGGAAAGAGAGAUUGGAGUUCCCUCGAUGAUUGAGUGGCUCAAAUCCGUGUUGACAAACGGACAAACCUUGGGGGCGAGUCCCUUCCUAAGCAGUAGCUCCUCAUGGAAGGCUAACGAAGAAGCUCUGCAGGCUGCUGGUAUCGACAUGAAGGCCGUCUCCAACGAGCUCAUAGAUGCCCUUUGGAACAACGAUCGCCCUGCACAACCGAACUCGCCCAUAAACGCUCUUCCUAUUCAGUUUGCGGGUGUAAGUUGGGAGAACAAGGUUACAAACAUGCGAGAACAGAUGGCUGCACUAGGCACAGACAUGAUGGUUGUUACUGGUCUCGACGAAACUGCGUGGUUGUUCAACUUGAGAGCAAGCGACAUUGACUACAAUCCCUUCUUUCUGUCAUACGCAAUCGUUGCCAACGACAGUGUCUCGUUAUACCUACUGAAUCACACCCAGAAGCUAACAAAUGCGCCGACAGAUGACGCUACGAGCCAGACUCUGGCGGAACAUCUCAACACUGGUGCUGACGGCACGUGUCUCGGGAGAACGGGAAUGUGUGUUGACGUGCGUGAAUACGAGCCAAUAACAGUUACACGUGACGUGGAUAACCGCGCCCAGCGAGCCACCGGCGUGUUGAUAGGAUACGCCUGCAAUCAGGCCAUAUAUGCAGCCAUUCCUAACAAGGGCAAAAUAGUACAGAUGAACACACCCAUAGCCACGACCAAGACAAUGAAAAACUCCGUCGAAGUAGAGGGGAUGAAGAAAUCACAUAUCCGCGACGCUGUGGCAUUAAUAUCAUUCCUGGAACGCUUGGAAAGAGAGGUGAAGGAAGGGAAAGAGUGGACCGAGUUAUCAGCAGCUAAGGCUCUUGCUGAGUCAAGAUAUGCUCAAGAGUACAACAGAGGUCUAAGUUUUGCAUCCAUAUCUGGGUCGGGAGCGAAUGGAGCUAUCAUUCAUUAUCGACCAACGGAACUCACCAAUAAAAAGAUCACAACGAGCGAAAUGUACCUUCUUGAUUCCGGUGGACAAUAUCUGGACGGUACAACAGAUGUUACGAGAACAUUCCAUUUUGGCACUCCAAAUGACUUUGAAAAGGAGUGCUAUACACGAGUGAUGAUGGGACAUAUCAACCUUUUCCUCGCAAAAUUCCGGAAGGGAGUCUAUGGUCGGGAGAUAGACGCGUAUGCCCGGGGUCCCCUUUGGGACGUUGGUCUGGUGUACAGGCACGGCACAGGUCACGGUAUUGGCAUGUACCUCAGCGUACACGAGGGUCCAGUGUACUUCGCUAAGCCUUCAUAUAGACCCGGGCCGGAGUUGAUGUUACUUGAAAAUCAAUUCAUAUCAGACGAACCUGGGUACUAUGAAGACGGGAAGUUUGGGAUCCGGCUGGAAAAUAUUGUCAUGGUUACCAAUGCAAGUACCAAGUACCAUUUUCCUGGGACUGAGUUCUUGACUUUUGAACAUGUGACACUGGUGCCCUAUGCGCCCAACCUGAUCAACUACGAUCUUCUGGAUGACAAGCAGAUUCAAUACCUGAACGAUUACAACGAGUUGGUCAGAAGCAAGGUUGGCCCCGAAUUACAACGCCAAGGGAAAACGGCAGCUUAUGAAUGGAUGAGGUCUAAGACAGAACGUUACGAGAAAAUUAAUCCUCAAACCCCGAAUACAGAAAAAGUGAGGUCUUCAACAGUGACCGUUUCUCCAGUUGGGCUAUUUGUCUUAAUCCUUCUAUCAAUCUUUCCGGUUAUUUUACACCAUUAGUUACAAUUUGUACUCUUCUGAAUUCCGUGUUUGUAUUAGUUUGACUUAUUGACUUUAAAUAUUUUAAUAAUCGUACUAUUAUCCACCAGCUGGAUCAUAUUAUUGUUUCUUAUUUGAGCUCUACAUUAAAAUAAGCAUUCUUCUCCGGCAAAAUAAACAUUAUAGCAUGACAAUGUAAAAAGGUCGGUCAAACACUAUGCGAUUCUUUAAGAGCUCAAUGUUGAAAAUUAGAAUUUAAUAUGAAUGUAUAUGUGCGUGUUAAGAGUUAUCUGUAUGAUCAUUGAUUAUUUAUUAGUUUUGCAGUUUAGCUCUCCCUAAAAACGCUCAAUAUUUUGCAUAUCAUCAUUCUUACCUGUUAAUAUUGUGGGUUUUCUCAAAACAUACAGCGGCUUUUAUUCCUUCUCGGUUGUUUUCCUUAAUGCAAUACUAAGCAGAGAUAUUAUAUAAAUUGUGUGCGAGUCUUUGCGAAAAAUAAUUGAUUUGUUUAUAUUAUAAGUGUUUGUACUCGUAAUUCUUCGUAAAUAAACUAACUAAAUAAAUCCGA